AUGACCAGUACAUUACACAAGACAAAGAGGGUGCUUUCCAUCCAAUCACACGUCAUACAUGGCUACGUGGGAAACAAGGCCGCUACGUUCCCACUUCAGUACAGAGGUUGGGACGUGGACGUACUGAACACAGUUCAGUUUUCCAAUCACCCAGGGUACGCCCACUUUACGGGGUUCAAGUGCAGCACCGAUGAACUGGUAGACAUUGUAGAGAAGGGGUUGGUCGGGGCUCUCGGCAUCAAAUAUGAUGCCGUACUCAGUGGCUAUCUGCCCAAUGUUCAAGCCCUGCAGAAAGUAGCAGGAAUAGUGGGUCAAUUGUGUGAAGAGGACGAAAACGUCAAGUGGGUAUUAGAUCCUGUGCUGGGUGACAAUGGAAGGCUGUACGUGGACGAAGAAUGUGUCGCAGUGUACCAAGACAUUUUACAAAACUUCAAAAUUUUUUUAGCCACACCAAACCAGUUCGAAAUGGAACUACUGGUGGGGAUGCCAAUCCGUACCUUAGACAAUGCUAAGCGUGCAUUUGAACUAUUUCAUAGGAAGUACCCUAGAGUGACUCGAGUAGUCGUCACCAGCCUGGAACUAUCUGAAUUCCUGAGCGAUAACACGUACGUAGUAGCAGGGUUUGAUUCCUCGGUCAGUGACGAAAUAUUCCUCUACAAAAUCCCCAAGAUCAACGCAACAUUUAGCGGAAGUGGCGAUCUGAUCAGCGCCAUGCUUACCGACUCGUUGCUAAACGGCCACGGUCGUAACCAGCUGCCAUUAAGUGCAUCCUUAGGUCAAGUAUUGUGGCUCGUCACAAGCAUCCUACAAAAAACGUAUGAUUUAAACGUAGCUGGUCAGGACCCACAAGACUCUGCUAUAAAAAUCAAAGAUUUGAAGCUGAUUCAGUGCAGAGACAUCCUAAAGCAAGAUCCUGUACCCUCGAUGGGCAAGCCAGAAACCAUUAAAAUAUAA